AUGAGAAUUUUCCUGAUUUUUGGCGCGCUAGUUGCACUAACUACAGCCUAUCCGCUUACUUCGCCAAACACCGAUCCAGAAGCUCAAAAAAUCGUCGAAGACUUCUUGUUCACUUCUUUCCGAUAUUUUCUACAGGGUAAUCUAACCUUCCUGGAUAAUGACUUCUAUUUGAUGGAUAAUGAGGGAAAUAAAGCUACGAAAUGUAAGAACUUGGAAAUUGCAAGCGGCCACGUGGAUUUUCUAUGACGUGGAAACUGUACUGCUAGCUACCAAGAGGUGUAUCAGUAUAGUUCCCACGUCAUAGCAAAACCACGUGGCCGCUAAAGCGGAAGCUUGCGGUUUACACUCGCUUCGCUCGAAAAAUUCAAAAUUUGGGCAUAGCUUCCGCAUCUCCGCUGAAAUUCCAAUAAAAAUCUGAAAAUGCUGGAAUUUCCCUACAAGGGAUUCCAGUUUUCAGAUUUUUAUUGGAUAAUUCAGAAAAUGGACUUGGAAGUGGUGUUUUCCGAGCGGAGCGAGUGUAGACCGCAAGCUUCCGCGCAGCGGCCACGCGGAUUAAUAUGACGUUUGCCAUAUCAUAGUAAACCACGUGGCCGCUUACACGCAAGCUUGCGGUCUACACUCCCUAGAAGUUGUUUCAGAUCAACUAGAAAUCGCAUUCGGACCACAAUUGACAAUACUUCGAGAAAAAUAUGAGAAUGAUGAAGAAUUUCGAAAGCAAGUUGAUGAACUUUUGAAUCAAAAACGUGAUGGAGAUUGGAGCAAUUGUGUGAUUCAAUUCAUAAAUAAUCGAUUUAUCGAAGUUAAAAUGAUCAAAGAUAAUCUAUUGGUUGGUUAUAUUAUUUUGAAACCAAAUGAUAAUUUUGAGGGAGGUUAUAAAUUGCAUCGAUUGGUAAUUGUUGGAGAGCUUCAAACUGACUAA